AAUAUCUGUCUCAUUGUUCUACACCCGAUUAGACAACAAUCGGGUGCGUUCUAUCUUUGAUAGCAUGAACAAAAGAAGCUCCGCCUACCUCUCUCAUUCCAGGAAGUAUAUUGCCGCGGUCUCUCUCCGUCAAAUCAUGAACUGCAAAUCAAAAAUCCCUCUGCUAUCAAUACUACAGCUAUGAAUACGAAUGGCUAUAAAGUAUCACGCAAUUUAAAGAUCAUUCAACGGUGGCUAGCUUUAGUUUAACGCAGGUUUUAUAGUAUGUCUAGGUAGCUAGCUAGCUUGUUAGUCCAUGUGGUACCAUCGUAAACGGCUAACUUUAGCUAGCUAGCUAGUAGGUAGUUGACAGGUUCAACCAUGAUGUUUACGGUUUAGCAUGCUAUUUUUAGAUAGCACAAAUCUACAUAAGGUAGGCUUUUGUGCUGGGUCAGAAUUGUGAGCUGUGCCAUUAUUUUCCUUCAUCGAGGUUUUGUUGUCACAAAAACAACAUAAUUACAUCAUCAAACAGAUAUUUCAAAGAUGGACUUGUCCCAUAUGCUGCAAGACCUACAACUAGGUAUGGCUCCUGAAGAGGGACAUUCCCCAGCAGGACCUGAUGCGCUGCUCUCCCGUCCAGUGGCUGAGGUCCUGCUUCAUGUCCAGGAGAAACUCAAGGCACCAGGGCUCACCACAGAACAGAGUGAAGCGAUCCUUCAUAUUGUGGAGCAACUAUUCAGACUGGGGGACAGACACUGGCUCUUCUCUGAGUGUUGCAGCAAUCAGAGCACAGACAUGACAAGGGAGUAUGUAGACUUUGUGAGCUCCCUGACACUGUAUGCUGCUUUGCCAUUGUGUGAGAAUGACAGUGGUGCAUUACCAGAUAGUUCCUAUGAGGCCAUCCCUGCCAGAGCCCGUGCCGUGAGUUCAGUAGUCUUAGCCCUGGUACAAAGACAUGGGAAUGGAGGAGAGGCUGUUUCCAGCCACUGCCAAGCCACCUCCUGGGUCUUCCUCACAGGUCCACUUGCCCCCAUCUUGUGUGUGUUUGCGGUGACCCAUAUGCAAGAGCAGGCAUGGACCAGUAAGGGCUCCAGAACAGCUGCAUCUGACCUCCUGGCCUCAGUGGUCCAGGCAGGGGACUGGGAGACCACCUCACAGCUUCUGUGUGGGAAGAACAACACCGAGCGCCAACCAGGAGUCCUUGGCUCCAUCUUGGAAAUCCUGCAGGCGGAUUUAAAAAGGUGAGUUCCGUCAAAAUAGCUUACUAGUAAAUAGUGCAAAUUGAAAUGAUUAAGAACAUUUCAAACACUUGAAUCUCUGCGUUGUUGACCAUAUUUCAUCAACAUACCCGACAUCAAAACUGAACAUCAUCUGGAUUAUUUUUUCAUUCCGUGCAUCAUGCUGUGAAUAUUCUAAAUGUGUCGUUUAUGAUGUCUUGCAGGGACAGCUGGAAGCGAAACCAGGCCACUAAGCAUGUAUUUGCCUGGAUCCUCAUGCAGGUGGGCCGGCCGUGGUUAACAGACUAUCUGGAGAAGGUUUUCCCCCCUUCACUGCUGAUGUCAGAUGAUUACUGCACUGACAACCAAGUGCUGGGAGUGCGCUGCCUGAAUCACAUUGUCCUCAAUGUGGUGAGAUGUACUUUAUCUCUCAGAAUUCUUAGAUAAUGACAUCAUCUACAGUAAUGCGUUGUAAAAGUAUGUGUGGUGUUUUGUGUAUCUGUUCAAUGAACGUCUCCCCCUUUCAGCCUGCUGCCGAUCUCUGUCAUUACAACAGGGCCCAGGUGCUCUACCAUGCCCUCUUCAACCACCUCUACACGUCUGAGCCUCAGCUUAUUGAGGUAAUGCUGUGGCUUUCAAUGGCAUUAACAACUUUUGUAUAUACAAUGCACCGACAAACAUCUCAUAACAACACACUUUGUCUGUACGAGUUGAACUGGUGACCAAGUAGCCACAUUCACAUCAUGGUAUUCUAUUGCUCCAUAUACUGUAUCUCCCCCUCUGUGUCUCAGGUGGUCCUUCCAUGCCUGAUAGACCUUCUGCCUAUGUUGGAGAAAGACCCUGCUUGCACUGGGCUCCCCAGGAAGCCUAACCGUUAUGACGAGGUGCUGCGGCUGACCCUCAUCCAUAUGGAGAUGGAACAUAAACUUGUACUUCGGAGUGUCUAUGCCAAGUGUCUGGGACACUUAAUUGAAAAGUGAGGUCUAUCUCCUCUUGCUAACAAUUGAAUGGAUUUUCACUACACUAUUAUUACGCUAUAUGAGUCUCGGUGAGGAAUUGCAUUUGUUGUGAUCUCCUGGUUAUCUGGUAAAUGCCAUUUUAAAUGUAAGACAUUUAGGAAAUUAACUUUUGGAUUGUGCUUUUCUUUUGUUAGGAUGGGUAUCGUCAUUGUUCGCCAUCUGAAACGAUUGGAAAGAGUAAUCAUUGGGUAUCUAGAGAUCUCAGACGGUCCUGAAGAACAGACUAGACUGGCUAUCCUGGAUGCUUUAGAAAAGACCCUGCUCAUCGCCUGGCCAAGGUUGUCAUUACUCCCAGCAAAUAAAUUAGACUAUAAUCAAAAUCCCAUCUCUGUCUUUGUGGUCAUGCUGGGUGUUUGUGUCCUCUGGACUUGCAGAAUGGAGUGCCGUCUUUCCGCUCUGGUGCAGAGUCUGUUGAGGCUACUGUGUGACCUGUCCACAGAGUCCCUACCCCCAGCAGUGAGAGAGGAGCUUGUUACCAAGGCCACUCAUUGCCUGCUGCUGCUGGACCACUGCACCCAGGGCAAGCUCAAGGUAUGCAUAAAAGAGCAUCACUGUACCACGCAGGGUCUUCGGUCGGCUAUUAAACUCCAAGUAUAUUACCUGUUGAAUACAACUUGGCAAUAAUCAGAAAAUGAUUUAGGGCUCGAUUCAAUCCGUACUGCUGAAGAGCUGCGCUACUGUGCGAUAGGUAUUUAAAGGCAAUAAUUCAGUGCUAGCGGAGACCGCAUUCACAGUAAACGCUACAUACGUCAGCUCAAUCGGAAAUUACCUUUACAUUUCAAUCGCGCUAGAAAGACGAUUUUCAGCGAUACGGAUUGAUGCGAGCCCCUAGAGCAGCCAUACUCAACAGAUCUGGACCUAGAACGGGGUCAAUACAGACCACGAGUCCUGCAUAUACAGACUUUUUCCAAAUGUUGUUACGUUACAACCUUACUAUAAAAUGGAUUCAAUUGUUUCCCCCCCCCCCCAUCAAUCUACACACAAUACCCCAUAAUGACGAAGCAAAAACCGUAAUUUUUUAUUUGCACAUUUAUAAAUAAAUAAAUAACUGAAAUAUCACAUUUACAAAAGUAUUCAGACCCUUUACUCAGUAUUUUGUUGAAGCACCUUUGGCAGCGAUUAUAGCCUCAAGUCUUCUUGGGUAUGACGCUACAAGCUUGGCACACCUGUAUUUGGGGAGUUUCUUCUCUGCAGAUCCUCUCAAGCUCUGUCAGGUUGGAUGGGGAGCGGCGCUGCACAGCUAUUUUCAGGUCUCUCCACAGAUGUUCUAUCGGUUUCAAGUCCGGGCUCUGGCUGGGCCACUCAAGGACAUUCAGAGACUUGUCCCGAAGCCACUCCUGCAUUGUCUUGGCUGUGUGCUUAGGGUCGUUGUCCUGUUGGAAGGUGAACCUUCGCCCCCAGUCUGAGGUCCUGAGUGCUCUGGAACAGGUUUUCAUCAAGGAUCUCUCUGUACUUUGCUCCGUUCAUCUUUCCCUCGAUCCUGAAUAGUCUCCCAGUCCCUGCCGCUGAAAAACAUCCCCACAGCAUGAUGCUGCCACCACCAUGUUUCACCGUAGGGAUGGUGUCAGGUUUCCUCCAGACGUGACGCUUGUCAGGCCAAAGAGUUCAAUCUUGGUUUCAUCAGACCAGAGAAUCUUGUUUCUCAUGGACUGAGAGUCUUUGGGUGCCUUUUGGCAAACUCCAAACAGGCUGUCAUGUGCAUUUUACUGAGGAGUGGCUUCCAUCUGGCCACUCUACCAUAAAUGCCUGAUUGGGGAGUGCUGCAGAGAUGGUUGUCAUUCUGGAAGGUUCUCCCAUCUCCAUAGAGGAACUGGAGCUCUGUCAGAGUGACCAUCAGGUUCUUGGUCACCUCCCUGACCACCGGGCGGCCAGCUCUAGGAAGAGUCUUGGUGGUUCCAAACUUCUUCCAUUUAAGAAUGAUGGAAGCCACUGUGUUCUUGGAGACCUUCAAUGCUGCAGAAAUGGUACCCUUCCCAAGAUCUGUGCCUCGAUACAAUCUUGUCUCGGAGCUCUACGGAAAAUUCCUUCGACCUCAUGGCUUGGUUUUUACUCUGAUAUGCACUGUCAACUGUGGGACCUUUUUAUAUAGACAGGUGUGUGCCUUUCCAAAUCAUGUCCAAUCAAUUGAGUUUACCACAGGUGGACUCAAAUGAAGGAUGAUCAAUUGAAACAGGAUACACCAGACCUCAAUUUCAAGUCUCAUAGCAAAGGGUCUGCAUACUUAUGUAAAUAAGGAAUUUAUGUUUUUAUGUAAUACAUUUGCAAAAAUGUCUAUGUAGAUUGAGAUUAUUUGUUUUAUUUAAUCCAUUUUAGAAUAAGGCUGUAGCAUAACAAAAUGUGGAAAAAGUCAAGGGGGUCUGAAUACUUUCCGAAUGCACUGUGUGUGUGUGUGUGUAAUUAUUUUUAUAUAUAUAUAUAUUACACACUACCGGUGAAAAGUUUUAGAACACCUACUCAUUCAAGGGUUUUUCUUAAUUUUUACUAUUUUCUAUAUUGUAGAAUAAUAGUGAAGACAUCAAAACUAUGAAAUAACACAUAUGGAAUCAUGUAGUAACCCAAAAAGUGUUAAACAAGUCUAAAUAUAUUUUAUAUUUGAGAUUCUUCAAUUAGCCACCCUUUGCCUUGAUGUUAGCUUUGCACACUCUUGGCAUUCUCUCAACCAGCUUCACCUGGAAUGCUUUUCCAACAAUCCUGAAGGAGUUCCCACAUAUGCUGAGGACUUGUGGCUGCUUUUCCUUCACUCUGCGGUCCGACUCAUCCCAAACCAUCUCCAUUUGGUUGAGGUCGGGGGAUUGUGGAGGCCAGGUCAUCUGAUGCAGCACUCCAUCACUCUCCUUCUUGGUAAAAUAGCCCUUACACAGCCUGGAGGUGUGUUGGGUCAUUGUCCUGUUGAAAAACAAUUGAUAGUCCCACUAAGACCAAACCAGAUGGGAUGGCGUAUCGUUGCAGAAUGCUGUGGUAGCCAUGCUGGUUAAGUGUGCCUUGAAUUCUAAAUAAAUCACAGACACUGUCACCAGCAAAGCACCCACACACCAUAACACCACCUCCUCCAUGCUUUACGGUGGGAAAUACACAUGCGGAGAUGAUUCGUUCACCCACACCGUGUCUCACAAAGACACAGCGGUUGGAACCAAAAAUCUCAAAUUUGGACUCCAGACAAAAGGACACAUUUCCACCGUUCUAAUGUCCAUUGCUUGUGUUUCUUGGCCCAAGCAAGUCUCUUCUUCUUAUUGGUGUCCUUUAGUAGUGGUUUCUUUGCAGCAAUUCGACCAUGAAGGCCUGAUUUACGCAGUCCCCUCUGAACAGUUGAUGUUGAGUUGUGUCUGUUACUUGAACUCUGUGAAGCAUUUAUUUGGGCUGCAUUUCUGAGGCUGAUAACUCGAAUGAACUUAUCCUAUACAGCAGAGGUAACUCUGGGUCUUCCAUUCCUGUGGCGGUCCUCACGAGAGCCAGUUUCAUCAUAGUGCUUGAUGGUUUUUGCGACUGCACUUUUAGAAACUUUCUAAGUUCUUGAAAUUUUCCGGAUUGACCGAUCUUCAUGUCUUAAAGUAAUGAUGGACUGUUGUUUCUCUUUGCUUAUUUGAGCUGUUCUUGCCAUAAUAUGGACUUGGUCUUUUACCAAAUAAUAGGGCUAUCUUCUGUAUGCCCCCCUACCUUGUCACAACACAACUGAUUGGCUCAAACGCAUUAAGAGGGAAAGAAAUUCCACAAAUUAACUUUUAACAAGGCACACCUGUUAAUUGAAAUGCAUUCCAGGUGACUACCUUAUGAAGCUGGUUGAGAGAAUGCCAAGAGUGUGCAAAGCUGUCAAGGCAAAGGGUGGCUAUUUGAAGAAUCUCAGAUAUAAAAUAUAUUAGUAUUUGUUUAACACUUUUUUGGUUACUACAUGAUUCCAUAUGUGUUAUUUAAUAGUUUUGAUGUUGUCACUAUUAUUCUACAAUGUAAAAAAAUUGUUCCAAUUAAGAAAAACCCUUGAAUGAGUAGGUGUCCAAACUUUUGACUGGUAGUGUGUGUAUGCAUGUAUGUGUAUAAAUAUAUACAGUGAGGGAAAAAGUAUUUGAUCCCCUGCUGAUUUUGUACGUUUGCCCACUGACAAAGACAUGAUCAGUCUAUAAUUUUAAUGGUAGGUUUAUUUGAACAGUGAGAGACAGAAUAACAACAACAAAAUCCAGAAAAACGCAUGUCAAAAAUGUUAUACAUUUAUUUGCAUUUUAAGACUGAUAAUUUCUUUGUCAGUGGGCAAACGUACAAAAUCAGCAGGGGAUCAAAUACUUUUUUCCCCUCACUGUAUAUAUAUAUACACACACACAUACAGUGGUUUGAAAAAGUGUUUGCCCCCUUCCUGAUUUCUUAUUUGUUUGCAUGUUUGUCAUACUUAAAUGUUUUAGAUCAUCAAACAAAUUUAAAUAUUAGUCAAAGAUAACAAGUAAACACAAAAUGCAGUUUUGAAAUGAAGGUUGUUAUUAAGGGAAAACAAAAUCCAAACCUACAUGGCCCUUUGUGAAAAAGUGUUUGUCCCCCUCCGUUAUAACACAACUCAACUGUGGUUUAUCACACCUGAGAUCAAUUCCUCUAGCCAUACCCAGUCCUGAUUACUGCCACACCUGUUCUCAAUCUAGGAAUCACUUAAAUAGGACCUGCCUGACAAAGUGAAGUAGACCACACCACUGUAUAUACACACGUGUGUGUGUGUUCACAGAUUACGUGUUCACAGGCCUCAACCCCAAGGGGGCCCCCAUUUUGAUUUUGUUGAGUCAUUCGGGUAACAUUUGUAAAAUGUGUGGAAUUGCAGGAAAUUUGCUUUAAAAUGUAUACAUUUUCUCUGCCAACACGACCUCUAACAGUUUGGGGUUAAAUGUGUUGCAAGGUGGGGGUUUGUUAGUACACUGAAAAAUGACUAUCCUCACCUUUUCCGCCUAGGACUGGACCUUCUCAAAUUGUACCCCUGCUCUAGAGUAACUAGUAAUAAAUGAAUGUAUUUCAAGUAAAUCUGAGCUCAGAACUUCUGAGAUAAAGGGGCAAGUUAUUGCCACUUACACAGAACAAAAACAUAAAUGCAACUUGUAAAGUGUUGGUCCCAUGUUUCAUGAGCUGAAAUAACCGAUCCCAGAAAUGUUCCAUUCGCACAAAAAGCUUAUUUCUCUCAAAUGUUGUGGACUCAUUUGUUUACAUCCCUGUUAGUGAACAUUUCUCAUUUGCCAAGAUAAUCCAUCCACCUGACAGGUGUGGCAUAUCAAGAAACUGAUUAAACAGCAUGAUCAUUACAUAGAUGCACCUUGUGCUGGCGACAACAAAAGGCCUCUCUAAAAAGUGCAGUUUUGUUACACGUUUUUGAGGGAGCGUGCAAUUGGCUUGCUGACUGCAGUAAUGUCCACCAGAGCUGUUACCAGAGAAUUCAAUGUUAAUUUCUCUACCAUAAGCCACCUCCAGCGUUGUUUUAGAAAAUGUGGCAGUGUGUCCAACUGGUCUCACAACUGCAGACAACGUGUAUGACGUUGUGUGGGCGAACGGUUUGCUGAUGUCAACGUUGUGAACAGAUUGCCUCAUGGUGGGGUUAUGGUAUGGGCAGGCAUAAGCUAUGGACAACAAACACAAUUGUAUUUUAUUGAUGUAAAUACCGUGACGAGAUCCUGAGGCCCAUUUCCGUGCCAUUCAUCCACUGCCAUCACCUCAUGUUUCAGCAUGAUAAUGCACGGCCCCAUGUCACAAGGAUCUGUACACAAUUCCUGGAAGCUGAAAAUGUCCCAGUUCUUCCAUAGCCUGCAUACUCAGACAUGUCACCCAUUGAGCAUGUUUGGGAUGCUCUGGAUCGAUGUGUACCACAGCGUGUUCUAGUUCCUGCCAAUAUCCAGCAACUUCGCACAGCCAUUGAAGAGUGGGUCAACAUUCCACAGGCCACAAUCAACGGCCUGGUCAACUCUAUGCGAAGGAGAUGUCAUGUCAUGCGGCAAAUGGUGGUCACAUCAGAUACUGACUGGUUUUCUGAGACACGCCCCUACCCUUUUUUUAAAGGUAUCUGUGACCAACAGAUGAAUCUAUAUUCCCAGUCAUGUGAAAUGCCUAGAUUAGGGCCAAAUGAAUGUAUUUAAAUUGACUGAUUAUAUGAACUGUAACUCAAUCUUUGAAAUUGUUGCGUUUAUAUUUUUGUUCGGUGUGUGAAUGGUAACUAUUUUGACUCUUUCUUCAGACGCUUCUGAAGGAUGUCGACAGCAGCCACACCAGCACCUCUGUUCUGAGAUGCAUAGAGACAGUCACAAUGGCCCAAAGAUAACGAAGAUAUGGACAUAUUUACAGUGUUCAUUCCUCCAUUGGAAAUGAAGCCCACAUCUCUAUGGCUAUCUGGAACAGUGAUAUGAUCAAAAUGAAUGUGGUUAAUUGAGCAGGACUGACAACCUUGAGCUCCCUUGGAUCAUCCUCUGUAGUCUGGCAAUGUGAGAAAGACUGACCAAGUGCUAUUAUACAGUACUGACAUAUUCCGUUCUGUAUGUCAUAUGGAUCCACUGUCUGUAUUUGUUAAUAAAACGUCAACACUGGUUAAGAGCUGGCUGGGGAGAUUUGGUAAGUCGUUCUUUAUCAAAGUUUUCUCAGCCAGGUCGAAGACAUUACAAUUCAUAAGAGAUUCCACUUGUCAGGCUACUCAGCAUUGUGAGAUUUAUUAAUUUGAACAAUAAUGGGCAAAAGAGGAAUCAUAAUAGGUGAAAAACUAAGACAGUAAGCAAAUUGCAAUCAUGGGUCUAAAUUAUCUCAUUUCAAAUUGGCCCAAGUCAUACACCAUGUAAUCAUUUAUUGUUAACAGGGAUCAAGCCCCAUCUCAUAAAAUCUUCACCGGGAGUGAUACAUUGAGAAGUUGCUGGAAGUACAGUCCCGUUAGGCACAAGAUUCUUUACAGCUCAAAGAACCUAAAGGCUUGAUGCAUUCCAGUAGUAGUAAUCCUUCCAGACAACAUAAGCAGGUUAACCUUCCAAACUAAGAAAGGCCUAGAGUCCAUGUCAGAGGAAGACUAUGUUGCCUUGCUUUUGGGGACAGGCUCAGUCUCCUGUUCAUACUCGAUCUCCACGUAGGCCCUUUUCUUCCUGAAUGCAGUGCCUUUGAGGGGCAUCUUUCCUUUUGACUUCCCUUUGGAGCCUGAGGCCUCAGUCUCCUCUUCCAUGUCUUCUUCAGACUCGUCCUCUUCUUCACUGGAUUCUUCCUGUUCAUCGCUGCCUGCCUUCAGAUUGUCCAUGUCCUUCCAAAGGAGACAUGUUUAGUCUUGGAAUAGCAUAACAAGCAAUAUCAUACCCUAUAUUAGUCAAAAUGUGAGUGAUCAUGAUUUUAUUUAUUUAUUAAGUUACCUCAAAGUCACUGAGAUCGCUCUCAUCCAUUUCACCCUCAGCGACAAAUUCUUUCUUUCCAACAUCCU